CUUCCGGCGGUCUUGGCAUACAAAAAAAAAUAGAAAAAGGCCAGGGUCGUGGGGCGCAUGAGUGAAUGCAGCACGUCGAAGUUUUACCUAGGCGUAUCCCUCUACUCUACUCACUUUUCUUGAUCUAAAGGUCCAGUUGGUUUCAAAAAGAUGCGUUUUGUUGUUGAGGGUUGCGCUCAUGGUGAGCUGGAUCAGAUUUUCGAUACUAUCGUAGAACUCGAGCGCCAUUCUGGGGAACCGAUCGAUGCCCUUUUAUGUUGUGGCGAUUUCCAGAGCGUGCGAAAUGCCGAAGACUUGUCGAACCUGGCAUGUCCUCAGAAAUAUAGGAGGAUGGCGGACUUCGAGAAAUACUGGCGCGGGGAGAAGAAAGCGCCAGUUUUGACGAUAUUCGUACUGCCGCAGUUUUAAUGACAUUAUUCUGGCUUAUAGAAAUCGUCACAGUGCCUCCUACGAUUCAGUUUUUUUCUGCAGAUCCCUGAAAAAACAUGCUCUCCGGUGCUUGACGCGCAGGGCUGAAGCGGAAGCUCCUCUAAAUCUCAGUCUAAAUGAAAUUGGUUUUAUUUAGAUUUGUAGUUCUUCCUACAUACACGGAAAGUAUUCGGUCUCUUUUCAUCAAAACGUUGAUUUGCACUACUACUUGGCACACCAUCAACAUGAAACAAAAUUCACAUCAGGUUGGCGGAAAUCACGAAGCGUCAAAUUUCUUAUUAGACCUGUAUUAUGGUGGUUGGGUGUGCGAGAACAUUUACUAUCUCGGGAUUGCCGGUUGUAUCGAUUUAGUGGCUGAGAGAGGACCAGGACCUGACUUUAUCGACAGCACGGGCGCAAGACUAGGCAAGCGAGAGGUGGUUCGGCUGGCUGGCAUGUCAGGGAUUUACAACCAUAGGAAUUCUCUGAUAGGGAUGUACGAACGCAUGGCCGUCACGCGAGACAUCGAUACGGGAGAGGCGAAAGUGCGACUAACAGAAGAUAGCAUGCGUUCCGCAUACCACGUGAGGCAAUUUGAGUGCGACAAGAUGGCCAUGCUGGGUGAGAUCCUAAGAGAGGAGCCUGGAGAACCAGUAGCGGGAUCUUCAGAACAAAAGGCGGCAGGAGUUUUCGAACAGCACCAACCAGCCACCUCGUCUAGACCAAGCAAGGGACGAAGAAGGAAGGGAGUUGACGUAUUUCUGUCUCAUGACUGGCCACGAGGCAUCUGGGAAGGCGGUGACCUUGAGGGUUUGCUGCGGCGGAAAGAUCGUACAGGGGUCAUGCGCAGAGACAUCGGCUCAGGAGUCUUUGCGAAUCCGCUGACUCGACCAGUGCUGGACGCAGUUCAGCCAAGGUUUUGGUUUGCGGCGCAUCACCAUGUCAAAUUUGCGUCGUUGAUGAAGCACGAGAGUGGCGGAAUCACUCGCUUCUUGUCGUUAGACAAGUGUUUGCCUGGACGAGAAUUUCUUCAGGUGUUGGAGAUUUGUAAUGAGGAUGACCAUGAUGAAGAUGAGGGUAACGAGGAAGCUGAUUCUCAUGCUAUGAAGGUGGAGCAACAAAACGACCAUGCGGAUUUUAACGGAAACUACGAACCUCGACCUCCAGCUGCAGCUGAAAAUUAUAUGGAAGAUGGAGGCACGACAUCAACAAAUCAUUUGGAAUCAGUAGUAGUUUCGCGACGACCCGACUUCGCUCGGUCAGCAACAGCUAAAUCCUCAGCGCCGCCUCCCGGAGUCUUUUACGGGAGCACUGACCCUCGUGUGUGUGAGCCAGUGGGGGACGAGAAAGCUUUUUUGGCGAGAAAACGAGCACAAGGCAGAAUAAUUUUGCGGCAUGUUCCUGAGUGGCUCGCAGUGCAGCGUGAGAACUUCGCGAAAACAGAUCGGGAUCCGCGUGCUAAGCCAGCCCCCACACUAGACAGACCAACAAGGGAUGACAUCGCGGCGUUUCACAAGAGAGUACGAGAACCGAGACAACAUCAACAUACUAGUACUAGCAUGAUGAAAAAUACUACGUCUACUAAUCGUGCGGCAACAACUUCGUUGAGCACAAGUUCCUCUUCAGCAUCAUCCUCGGCUUCAGUUACAACCAUGAAAGGCGCGAUCCUUUUCGAUGCUGCUAAUGCGCAAAACCUCAACUACGGCAACAUUCAGCGGCAAGAGGUUAGUAGGCUGUUGGGAGUCUCGGACAUCUGGAACCCCUUAGUAGCGCCAAAAAAACUAUCCUUAGGCGAUGAAGUACUAGAGGGGCACGUAGAGGAGAACGGGAAGAACGAGCGACUAGCAAGAGAUGAGGGAGACGAGGUUACAAAUGAACCAGAUCGGAGGGCGGGUAGAGAAGUGAGAGAAGAAGACGACGACGAAACUUCUAGUGGCGUUCUACUAAGUACCAGACGAGAUAAGCGUCACUUGCUUGCUGACAACCACGAGGUCGAGGCUCCUUUCCAGAAUAUCGAGAAGAAUGGCAAGAAAUUUACCCAUGAAGAUGAAGGAGAAAUCGAAUUGGACGACCUCGAAGAUGAGGACGAUGUAGAGCCUGAAGCAGACCUUGUAGACGCAGAUGAGGAGAAAGACCCAGGCGAGCCUGUUGCCAAACACGCAAAGAUCGUAGUCUAGGGUCAUCUUCUGCUUCAGUGCAACAAGACGUGUAAAGUUGUAACCCAAAUAUUUAUAAUUAGUACAUCUCUUCCUCUUCCAUCAACAUUUAGAACGAUCUCAACAGUGCUCGCUGUCUGUUGAUGACUGAUGGAUUGAUUUGUCACUAUCGCAUGCGCGAUUUUUUGUGCUUCGAGGUCAACUCAUCUGGUGUCAGGAUGGACUUAAGAUGAAGCCAAAAGCGCUUAGAAAAGUGAAAUCAAUAAAGCUCUAGCACAAGUAGCCUGACGCCCAAAC